AUGAAUCAGGACAAAGCAGAAAAAUUUACAAAUAUGAUAUUAGACCGAACAAUUUUUCCACGUUCAUCUAUUAAUACAACAGCCUCGGAUCCUGAAGGCAAAUUUUUAGUCUUAAAUGUUUGUAUUGACAUGCCACCCAAGGUUACAUCUGAUGGAAAUUGGGCUAAUCAUGAUCAAGCUGCAAUGCCUAUGCAAUCCACUUUGCCAUUGUUAGAGCUUCAAAUUCUCACAAUCUUUGCCAUUACACAAUGCUUUCAUUUGGUACUUAAGCGUCUUGGGGUCCCUUAUUUCGUUUCACAAAUCAUGGCUGGUUUAGUUCUAGGACCAUCUUUGAAGUUUUCAAAAACAUGGAUUGGAUUCAAAAAUAUCUUGUUUCCAUACGGUACUGAAGAUGUAAUAAGUGUAAUAUCCCUACUUGGAUAUGCAUUUUUCCUGUUUCUAACUACUGUGAAAAUGGACUUCACCAUGAUAACAAGAACAGGUAGAAAAGCAUGGACAAUAGCUUUUUGUUCCUUUUUGAUUCCAAUGUUUUUUGGUCUCCUAGUGUGUUACAGAUUCCAAGAAUUUUGGAAACUCGAGAUGGGAAAUUUUGAAGCAAAAAACCUUCCUGUUAUAGUUAUAGGGCAAAGUGGUUGUUACUUUGCUGUCAUAGCUUCUUUGCUUUCUGACCUUGAGAUUCUUAACUCAGAACUCGGACGUUUAGCACUCUCAACAACUAUGGUUAUGGAUUCUUUCAACUCAAUUGUUACAGGAAUUGGCACAGCUUUUAUUAGCAGCAUCAAAACAGAUUCACGUGAUAAUGGGGAUGGAAAAGGAACUCUUAAAGCCUUUUUAAAUGUUUUCUAUUACUUAUGUUUUAUGGUAGUGACUCCUCUUGUGUUGCGUCCUAUAUUGAAGUGGUUUGUUAAAAAGACACCAGAAGGUAGACCGAUGAAGAAAGUAUACAUGUAUAUUGUGUUCAUUAUUGCUCUUGCAGUUGGAAUGUUGGGAUUAUUGACAAAGCAAAGUGUUUUAGGUGGAAUUUGCAUUGUUGGUCUUAUUGUACCUGAAGGUCCUCCAUUAGGAACUGAAAUGAUUAAGCAAUUGGAAUUGUUUUGUAGUUGGUUCCUUUUUCCUAUUUUUGUCACAAGUUGUGCUAUGAAGGUUGAUCUUAGUGUAUAUGUUAAAAGCGACUAUAUUUAUGUUUGGCUUGGCAUUAUUGUUGCUGUUCAUUUGUUCAAGAUGCUGGUGACCAUUGGAAUUUGUUGGUAUUGUAACAUGCCUAUGGCUGAUGGUUUGUGUCUUGCUCUGAUGUUGAGUUGUAAAGGUGUUGUGGAUUUUUGCAACAAUGUGUUUCUUCAUGAUUCCAUGCUUUUGAGCAGUGAAGCACUAUCCGUUUUGAGUAUAAAUGUGUUGGUGAUUGGAACCUUGGCACGCAUUAGUGUGAAGUACUUGUAUGACCCUUCAAGGAAAUAUGCAGGUUAUCAAAAGCGUAACAUCUUGAGCUUGAAACCAAACUCAGAACUUAAGAUAGUUUCAUGCAUCCUCAAACCAAGUCACAUAAUUCCCAUAAAGAAUGUUCUUGACAUUUGCAGUCCAACAUCAAGCAAUCCAUUGGUAAUUCAUAUCUUACAUCUCUUGGAGCUUGUUGGAAGGUCUUCUCCCGUUUUCAUAUCGCACCGGCUUCAAGAAAGAGUUGGUUCAAGUUACCACACUUUCUCUGAAGCUGUCAUCGUUACCUUUGAUCUUUUCGAACAUGACAAUGCUGGACACCAAGGAGGUUCAGAUGAUAGAGAAGCAUUGUGUUUGGCUAAAAGGACAAUCAAAGAAGAUACUUAUCACUUGGUUGUGUAUCACUUGGUUUCAACAAUCAAGAAUGAUGAAUUCACUAGUUGGGAUGUUAUGCUUGAUGAUGAGUUACUAAAGGGUGUUAAGGGAGUUUAUGGUAGUGUAGAUAACGUGACAUAUGAAAAAGUAGAAGUCGAAAACACUUCUGAUACCACGGAAUUCAUCUCAGAUAUAGCGAUUCAACAUGAUUUCAUUAUAGUUGGGAGGCGAAAUGGCAUCAAAUCGCCUCAGACACAAGCACUUGCAUCGUGGACUGAGUAUCCAGAGUUAGGUGUGUUGGGAGAUUUGCUUGCUUCACCAGAUACUAAUACCAAAGCUUCAAUUUUAGUUGUGCAGCAACAAGUAAUGCCUAAGGCGUCAUAA